GCACAGAGACAGAUUCCUGCACGUCUGACCAAUGCGGGUGUACCGGGGAGCAGGAGCCGCGGGCGGCGCGGAGUCGACGGAGCCACACCCGCAGUGGGAGAGUCCUGCCGCGGGCGCAGGGUGUGCGGUGAGCGGCCUGGUCAGCUGGAGGCAGAGACCGUGCAGGACUUCAGCUCUGUUUGCUGCAACCAACGCGCUGCUGUGGUUCGUGGCCUACACCUGUUUAAGAACAUACAGCCUGGUGGCGGCGCUGCUGAGCCUACUGGUCGUCACUGCUGCUGUCAGAGACGUCGCGAAGUCAGGAGGGCGCUCAUGGCUCUCUAUGACAGCAAGCUGGGAGAUGAUGGACUCUGGAGGAGGACCAGGCUCCAGAACCGGACCUCAGCUCAGCGACUCUCUCAAACUCUUCCUGAAGGAGACGUCGGCCUUCAAACAGCAAAACCCGGGAAAGUUCUGCCUGCUGGUCUGCGGUCUGUGCACCUUCUUGGCCGUCCUGGGACGAUACGUCCCCGGGAUCUUCAUCUCCUACAUCCUAGUGCUGGCCGUCUUCCUGUGGCCUCUGAUCACCUCUCCUGAAGUCGGACUUUGGCUGGAGCCAGUUCUGCAGAAACUGGACCUGGGCGUCAGAGACGUGCUUCAGAAAAUCAAACAGAACCACGAACAGAGGAUGUUCCGGACCCAGACGGACAAGGACAACGUGGAGUCUGACUUGUCCUCCAUGUUUCCCAAGCUGGACUCUACCGUGUGCAGGGAAAUGUCGGUGUCGGACACAGAGGUUUCGGACGUCACGUGGACGGACAACGGUACCUUCAACAUGUCGGAGGGAAACACUCCACAGACGGAAAACUCCGAGGACCUGGACAAGGAGGAAGCGUUCACCACUGGUUUCCCAGAAUUCCCUUCCCACGACAACACCACCAACGGAGACGACGACUACGACCUGAGCCUCGGCUUUUCCUCACCGCAGGCUGAACCUCGACAGCCAAUCGGAUCUCAGAAUCCUCUUGGAGUCCAGUCCACAGACCAAGCCCUGGAACUGGUCAACCAGAUGGCGGAAAACUUCAUCGCUGCCGCCGUCACAGCCGCCAUCCAGGAGAGGAUAGGCGCGGCGGUGGCCGGCUCCGCAGACGCGCCCAGACGUCAGGACGACAGGCUGCUGGAGGUGGACGAGGACUCGGACAGCGAGGUGGAGGACUUCGAGCUGCUGGACCAGUCCGAGCUGGAGCAACUGGACCAAGAGCUAGGACUGGGAGACAGCAAGGAGGGCAAAGACGACGGGUCGCCCUCUACUGGAUUCUUCAACAAACUCCUGCGACGCCACUGACUGGACGGAGGUGGGACGGACUGAGGGACGGGGGGAGGUGGACCCCAGGCCAGAGCGUCUGGUUCUUGGAUCCACUCUCCUCUUCAGUUGAUUUUAGUGGAUGUGUUUCAGUCGUUGAUGUAAAAUCUGGAUUAGCCGGAUUAGCUUAGCAUACGGCAUUUAUCCUCGGCCUGUGUUGUCGACUGUGGGCUUUCUUUAAAUAAAUCGUAUUGUUGUUUUUCCUGGA